UCCACGUGGAGGCUGCGGAUUCGUUUCUCGAGAAUAGCCGUCGAACAUCCAACGAGCGUUCCUCGUCCGAAAGAAUCGCACGUUUUCCCACACAAACGCACGAGAUUAAGAGGUGGGGGUGUGUGCGGCGUUCGGUUUGGUUUCGUUAUUCUUGCUGAUGUGGAAGUCGAAGAGUCGCGGAAGAAGAGGACUCGUCGUCUGUUACGGUGGGGAAAAAGAGACUCGGAGAUUCCUCGCGCCCGAGUUUUUCGCAGCUGACGAGGGUCCCUUUUUUCUCUCACACAUUUCCGUGGAAUGCUACAUCUCAUGUUCCUGCAAAUCUUUUUCGCUUUCUCAAUCCUGGCGACGGCGAUCCCGAAGCCGGACGCGGAGCAUCGUAUUUUAAACAAGGAUGUAAGUCAUGAAGAACAUUAUAUCAACUCACAACAUAAUUCAGCCUAUGACCAUGAAGCUUUCCUCGGAGAAGAAGCUAAAACUUUUGAUCAGCUUACUCCUGAAGAAAGCACCAGACGACUAGGAAUAAUUGUUGAUAAAAUAGACAACGAUAAGGAUGGCUAUGUGACACAAGAAGAACUUAAGGAUUGGAUAAUGUAUACACAACAGCGCUACAUUAGGGAUGAUGUGGAACGUCAAUGGAGAUCUCAUAAUCCAGAUGAUAAAGAUAAAAUAAAAUGGCAAGAAUAUACAGCAAUGGUUUAUGGUGAUAUAGAGGAAUAUGAGAAGGAGCAGCAGGAUAAAUCAAAUGAUGAGUCCUUUUCAUAUGUUGAAAUGCUGAAAAGAGAUCGCAGAAGAUGGUCCGCAGCGGAUUUGGACGGCGACGACGCUCUGACCAAGGAGGAAUUCACUUCCUUCCUUCAUGCUGAACACGCAGAUCACAUGAAAGACGUGAUAGUGUUAGAAACAAUGGAGGACAUUGAUAAAGAUGGAGAUGGAAAGAUAUCUCUUAAAGAAUAUAUUGGUGAUAUGUACAGAGGCAGCGAGGAUGAAGAGGAGCCAGAAUGGGUGAAGAAUGAGAAGGAACAAUUUUCUUUGUACAGAGAUAAAGAUGGGGAUGGAUUUUUAAAUGCUGAUGAGGUAAAGACGUGGAUUAUCCCCGCGGAAUUUGAUCACGCAGAGGCAGAGUCUAGGCACUUGAUUUAUGAAGCGGACACGGACGCGGAUCACAAACUCACAAAGGAAGAAAUUUUAGAAAAAUACGAUAUAUUCGUCGGGUCACAAGCGACGGACUUUGGCGAAGCGUUAGCGAGGCAUGACGAGUUUUAACGAGGUGCAAUCUCAUAAAAUAAACAAAAAAGAUCACUGAAUGAACAAUUUACUUAUAACGAUCUACUUAAGAUCUUCUAGCUCGUAAAUAAUCUUAUAGAAUAAGAGCCAGAGAGAUUCUCUAUUUAUAACAAACAAAGUUAUAUUUAUUCCGUAAA